AUGGGAAAUUCAGCAAAUAAAUCAGAGAUUGGCGAAGAAAUAGAAUUUUUAUGUCGGGCGGGCCAAAGUUGUUUUACUCAUGGAGAUUAUCGACAAGCUCGAAAAUAUUAUCGACGAGCUCUUUCCCACCAUCAACAUUUACCCGCGCGCACAAAUGAUUCCAAUCAAGUACAGUUGGAAAUUUACCUUCAGAUUGCUGAUACUUACAUAAAGGAAUGUAAACACAAGAAAGUCAAUCAAGUAUGUCAAAAAAUUUCCAAAAUUGCCCAAAAGUUGACGGACGAUCUAGGACUUGCUCGAAUUCUAGACAGACAAGGUGAAAGCAAGAGAUUACAGGGGCAAUUCGACUUAGCAAUAGAAGAUUUCGGCCAGUCUCUGAAAAUGAAGAAGGAAAUACUACAAAAUGAAGACAAUCUUGAAAUUUCUACCUCGUAUUUCCUUCUUGGUUGUCUCUAUUACGAUCAAGAUGCCUAUGACAAUGCCCUUAUAAUGUAUCAAAAAGCUUUACCUAUUAAAUUAAGCAAACUCGGAGAGAAUCAUGCCGAUGUUGCCGAAAUUUAUCAGAAAAUGGGAAACGUUUAUUUUCAGCAAUCAAAGUACGAUGAUGCUCUCCUCAUGUAUCAAAAAAAGAUCGAUAUUGGAGUGGAAAUUUUUGGAGAAAAACACGACAGUGUAGCUCAUUCAUACUAUAAUAUCGGGCUAGUUUACGAUAAUCAAUCAAUGUAUGAUAAAGCUAUUUCAAUGUAUGAAAAAGCGUUAAGUAUUCAAUCGGAACGAGCAAGUGAGAAUCCUCUCGAUAUUGCCAAUUCUUACCACAAUAUAGGAAUAGCCUAUCGUCAUCAAGGCCAAUAUGAACUUGCUCUGUCUAUGCAUCAAAAGGCGCUCAAUAUCCGACUUAAAUUACAAGAAUGCCAACAUUCCAAUGUUGCUCAGUUAUACCAUGAUAUGGGAGAUAUCCAUUGUCGUCAAUUUGCCUAUAAAGAAGCUCUCUCCAUGUUUGGCAAAGCUCUAAAAAUUCGUCUCAAACUAUACGGAGAAAAUCAUCUAGAGGUGGCUCAUUCAUACACUAGUAUCGGUGACAUCUAUCGUCACCAAUAUAAUUGCGAUAAAGCUUUCUUCAUGUAUGAAAAUUCCCUAAAGAUUCAACUGAAAGUAAACGGAGACAAGCUUGCCGAUGUUGCUCAGUUAUACAAUAAUUUAGGAUUAGUAUUAUCUUACCAAAAUCGCGUUGACGAUGCUCUGAUUAUGUACAAUAAAGCACUCGAUAUCUAUCUAAACUUAUACACCGAGAAUCAUACGAUCGUUGGAAUAGUCUAUCAGAAUAUGUCCAAUGCCUACGAGAAACAGCAAAAAGAUGACGAAGCUUCAAUGAUGAGGCAAAAGUCGUUUAACAUCGCCAAACGAUUACAACAGGAAGAUCCUAACAUUCUACCAGACGCAUUGACGGAAGGGCCAUCACCAGGUACUACUGAAUUAAAUCAUAAAGUAAAUACACUAUUUUCCACUUGGAUUUUUGCCGAGUUAUGGUCAUAUCUAGGUGAGUAUCUUAGAUGA